UGUGUAAUCCAGCAGGUUUUAAGUUCAUACAAGAAAGUCUAGUGUUCUGUGUCACAAUUAACGCGUAUUUUCCGACAGCACUUUAUCGCAGUCUAUCCGGGGCACUGUCUUGCAGGGCUCUCCGAUGGUUCUAAUAACCGUUACUUCUCCUUUUUGCCUCAUACUUCUCCUUUCUUCAACAUUACUUCUCUCUUGCUCGUACCCGGGUGCAAGGAGAGCCGUGCUGGACAGGAGGGCCUGUGCCACGUCCUCAGGACACACAGACCGGCAGGAUGUCGGCAGAAGUCAUCUACUCCGAUGUCAAGUUUACCUGUAGUGCAGAGAAUCAAGAACCACGUUCAACCGUUUCCUGCAGCCACAAGCAGGACGACUCAGCAGGUCCACGAGGUGAGGACCGUGCCGCUCACCCCGAGGCCCAGGUGAAGAAACCCGGCUGCGGUCCCGUUGUGUGGGUGCCUAUGUGUCUGUGCGCUCUCCUGGUGGGUGUGGCUGUGGGCCUGGGGGUCCUCUACUCAAAGCAGCAGAAGGAAAAGGACCUUGAAAAGCACCAGCAUGUGAACAAGAGCAGUGCCACAGAGAACAACCUGCUGAAAGCCGACCUGCUCGAGUGCAAGAAGAACCUGUCGGAGGCCUUGGCCCAUUACAAAGAUGUUCAAGACUGCAAGGCCUGUCCAUCCGGCUGGAACUUCCAUGCAGGGAAAUGCUACUACUUCUCCAGCGAUAAAAUGGCCUGGAAUGCAAGCGCAAGGAGCUGCAUCACCAUGGGGGGCCACCUGGUGAUGAUUGACAGUGAGGAGGAACAGAAAUUUUUAUUAGGCGAAAUGAGCACGAAAAUGACUGGAGACGACGACAAGUUCUGGAUCGGCCUGUCGGACGCCGAGGAGGAGGGACGGUGGCUUUGGAUGGACAAAACGCCCCUCAACAAGAGUGUGACGUUCUGGUUAACAACAGAAAGAUACAAAGAGCCGGACAACUGGACAGAAGAGAACGAGAACGGGGAGGACUGCGCCCGCAUGGGGGAAAGGAGCACGGUGAACAUCAGGAUCUGGUAUGAUGCCUCCUGUGAAAAGCCUUUGAAGAGGGUCUGUGAGGCUCUAGCGGCAACACCGAGCAGAGGUCUGUGAGAGAGAAGCUGGAAAAGGACGCAACGUGACCCCACACAUCCAGACCAGAGCAGUUUCCCACUCGGGCUCCUGUCAGACUGUAACAUCGCAGAUCAACCAAUAAUCGUCAAUUUCCUUCACUUCUGUGCCUAAACGAGUCUUUAGGAGCCUGAUUGUUUGAGUGUUGAACACAAACCAUAAGAUGAAGUUACCAGGUUACCACCAGUUACCGCAAUUAACUGCAAUUGUCUCCAUGCUUAUUGUACAUUUACCUGCUGUUUUUACUGCAAAGAACACAUUUCACUGUCAGUGCAUUCGCAGUUUUUACGAAGAACUAAGUUACCACCAUCAGCCAUUUCUGCUGAAAUGGCUUUGAACCCCUCAAAAUAAAAUGCUUUUAGAAACGAUGUUUUACAUCAGUACAUACAGUAAAAGAGUGUUUUGAACUUAUGGCACAUAUUGCGCAUUGUGACAAUGCUGCGAGUG